AUGACUUUUGUCUUUCAAUGGUCCCCCAUAUCCGCCUUCCCGCCCUCUCCCCUCGUUGGCAACGUCUAUUGCGGGAGCGAGGCGAAGGUGCGGGCGGGGGGGAGUGGAUGGGAUCCCCUCAGCCCAAGCAGAGGGAGUGAAGGGGAGGGGGACG